CGGCCCGCGCUCUAGAUCCGGAUGCGUUUGACGAACGAGACACACACACGGGGCUAGAAUGAGAGACUGAUCUGUGCCUUGAGUUAGCUGUUUCUUCCUUGUGAUCCACAGUGGCGAGACUCACUCAGUGUAAAUGUGUGCAAUCAGAUGACAGUACGUCCAUCACAACUGAUCACAAUGUCAGGUUCCUUCGUGGACAAUGUUCAGUUGCUAGAUGAGACAAUUCAACAUAAUCUCUUGCUGGGCAUGAGACCCAAGUCAACUCCCCACCACCAGAAAUUUGACCCGGGGAAGGGCACCUUCAAGUGAAAAUUGUUUCCGCUGUUUUGCUGUGGAGCUAACCAAACCAAAUGGAAGCAUUAGAGUGAAAUUUGAACUGGGAGAUGAGAAGAGGGUGGUGUUACUGAGUCGGCCACUCACUCUAGAGUCAAUGUCGGACCAGCUACAGUCCUGGUUCCCUGGCCACAGGUUCACCAUGUAUCACUACUUGUCUGAUCAAAAGGGUCUGAAGCCCAUGACAUCUCAGUUAGACGUAGACCAGAUCCUCAGCACACACGACUCCCUCCCCACCCUCCCACCGCCCUCAAGAUUGUCCUCUACAUGACAGCUUCCCCCACCCCCCCUCUCUCCCCUCCCCGCCUCUCCCCCUCCUCCUCCUCACCUCGUCUCGAGACUCCACCCUCCCCUCCUCUCACCCAUCACCACCCUCACCACUCCACCGUUCAGGAUCCUCCGACCAAACCAUUCCGUUUCCCCUCCGACCCCUACCCAGAAGGGUUUAGAGCCAGCCCAGACUUCAGAUUGGACAUGUUCUCCACCUACCACGGAGGAGGAGGUCUGGAGAGCCACCCCCGCUCCUCCUCCCCUCCCCCCUGGUUUGUCCGGGAGGGAGACAUGGUCCCCCACACUCUCCACCAAGUCAGCGAACAGGACAGAGGAGAAGGGGUGUUCAUACCAGAAGAAGAUGUAGCCGAUGAUGAUGAACAGGACCCGCCAAGUCCAGGUGCUGUGUCGAACCGCUCCAUUCCCUCCACGCCGUCUGAGUUCACCUUCAACUCCAGGUCUCCAGCUGAGAGCUUGAGUGAGCUGGCAAGAAACGGACCACACCAUCCCCUGGAAGAAGAUGUGGAUCCUCUAGAUCACCCUGGAAACCUGACCUUUCCCCGGGACAGAGACCCUCGCAGCAGCACUACCUCUCACACCCAGCCUUUAUACCGUACGUUCCCACUGAAGGAGUUGACUGGAGGAGGUGCAAUGCGGGGUCAGCCGGGUGGGCGUGGCUCACAGUUGCUCCGCCCAUCACCACACCCCCACCCUCCCAUUAGACCCUCGGACAGUGAACUGGCUCUCCAGAAACUUGACUCACUAGAAGUCUCUAAUAAAGUGUGUGCUCCAAAGAACUGGGUGAAAGGGAAGCUACUUGGCUGUGGAGCAUUUGGACAGGUGUUUAUAUGUCAUGACUCUGACACUGGUAUGGAGAUGGCAGUAAAGGUCAUAGAUAUCAACCAUAUUGACCAUCGACCGCACAACAUGGAGGCCCGACGCAUGCAGACUGAGGUGAGGUCAUUUGAGACCGAGCUACAACUGCUCAAGAACCUUCGUCACGAGAGAAUCGUCACUUACUAUGGCACCGACAGGGUAGAUGGCAAACUCUAUAUCUUCAUGGAGUGCAUGCCAGGGGGCUCAGUGUACCAGCAUCUGAGAGACAUUGGACCGCUGAACGAGAUACUCGCACGGAAAUACACCCGUCAGAUCCUGGAGGGUGUGGCCUAUCUCCACGACAACCGGAUAGUGCACAGGGACGUCAAAGGUGCCAAUAUUCUGCGAGACUCCUUUGGGAACAUCAAGUUGGCAGACUUUGGAGCCUCGAAACGCCUCCAGACUAUUCGCAGUGGUCGGAGUGGGUUGAAGUCAGUCCAGGGCACCCCCUACUGGAUGGCCCCUGAGGUUAUCAAGGGAGAGGCCUACACAGACAGGGCAGACAUAUGGAGCGUGGGUGCCACAGUGGUUGAAAUGCUCCAGUCCCAUCCUCCCUGGUACGACUUUGAGCCCACGGCGGCCAUGUUCAAGAUAGUCAUGGAGGACACUGUCCCCAACCUCCCCGCCCACUGCUCUGAGCAUGCCACUCACUUCCUCACCAAGUGUUUCAUCAAGGACAAGUCCCAGAGGCCCUCUGCUAGAGAACUACUGGAAACACCAUUUGUAAACACAUGACAUCAUCACGAUUUCUUCAGCAGCAGUGUCACCCUGUCAUUUCUAUGUGUGUGUAUUAAUGUGCUGUGUGUUCUUCCUAUUGUGUACUGCACUGCUUCCGCCGCGUGUGACACUCUCUCCUCUGCUCUCUCAUUGUGUGAAUGUGUUGGUAUGUGUAUGUUCACAUUAAUGGCUUUGUUCCAUCGUCACCUUUUGACACUGUAACUGGUACCGUGUUCACUGCCUGUGUAUGCUAGAUUUGUAUAUAUUAUAACUGGUUUUUAAAUUGGAUAUCUGCGUGGCAAGGAACACCGCACGCUGCUGGCUGCGUGGCUGAGACUGACUGAAACGAAAAAUGGAGAAACCUUCACUACUAUAAUGUCAUUUUGUAAUGUGAAAGCAGGACUAUUGUAUGUGUGUGCAG